GAUGUUUGCUAAAUCGUCAAUGGAGGUUGCCGUCUACCAGCUGCACAACCUCUCCAUAUCUUUCUUCUCCUCGCUACUCGGAGGAGAUGUUGUGUCGGUCAAACUUGACAAUAGUGCCUCUGGUGCUAGCGUGGUGGCUAUUGACAACAAGAUAGAGCAGGCAAUGGACCUGGUCAAGAACCACCUGAUGUACGCUGUGCGGGAGGAAGUCGAAAUUCUCAAGGAGCAGAUCAAAGAGCUGGCGGAAAAAAACGACCAGUUGGAGAGGGAAAACUACCUGUUGAAGAACCUGGCAAGUCCGGAGCAGCUAGAGAAGUUCCAGUCUCGAAUCCCCACAGAUGUUCUGCUCCCACUGGACAAUCAGAGCGUCCAGGUGAUGUCAGAGCAGCAGACCUGCAGUCGCAAUACAGGCUCUGCUGUGUAAGUGGCUCUGCCUUGGGGCGGGCAGAGCCACUGUCCCUUUUCAGCAAUUGACCUCCAUGCUUUUUUUGCGCUACAGAAUUACUGCCGCUGAAAAACCAUAGUGGCGCUGAGGGCUUGGCAUUUUGUCCGUAAAUGCCCGAUGGGACAAACACAUGACUCUGAUAAGCACAAAACUUCAGACCAGCGCUGUGUCGAACUAUUCUCUCAUCCCGUCCAAUUCUGCGCUGUAUUGUCUUGUAGAAAAUGAGCGUUAAGAAUAAAGAGCAGACCCACCGGAUACAAAUGAGCGAUGCUUUCAGAGUUACCCAGUGAUUGUCCUUUUGAUCUCGAUUGGGCUGUUCCUGCCGGUGCUAAUUUGGAACGUGUGAGCGCAAGUGAGGCUACUUCCUGUUGGCCCGCGUGAGAUUUUUUGACAAGCAGUGAGCCCCCCAUCUCGUGGAUCAGUUGGAUACCCAAAUGCAAGUGUCAAGGAUUCCCAGCUGCACAUUAACAUGGACUUAUCCUCUGUGUAUUAUCUGUUGACGCACAUUAACAAAAGUAAUCAACAAGAUGAGCAGAGGUCAAGCUUAGAGCAAUGUAAUUGAGUUGGUGGACUGAUUCAUAUUCUGUUGUGAUUAAUAACUUGUAUUAUCUGCACUUGGGGCUUGCUGCCAAUGGGGGUAAUUCACCUGCCCUAUUCCGUAUUUCUUGUUGUUUGUUAUUUGACAAAAUCGGUUGUUUUGUAAAGUAAAUGCUUUUCUGAGAUUGUUUUCCUGACACUGAAGGCAAGGCAAGCAGUGGUAUUUCAGAUGUUUUCAAUCCAUCUGCUAUUUUGUUGCUCUUUUGCCAUUUUAAUAACGAUGGCAUGACAACAGUGCCUGUAUGUAGUACAAGAGAGAAACGCAUUUCUAAGAGCUCUGCUUAUGCGGUUUUAUUUUUCUCAAGCUACCAAAGAUUUUAUUUUCCUUUCCUUUUUUUUUUUUUUUUUUUUUUUUU